CGCGCUUUCAUCUUCUUCUUUCCCUAGAUCCGCUGUCUUAAAUCUCACUCAUCUCUCUACGCCUUCCUCUCAUCUCUCUCUCUCUGCAAAAAAUGGCGAAACUAGUGAUUCUGAUGGUCCUCUGUUUCUUGCCGGCGAUUGCCAUGGCGGCGCCUAGGCCACGUAUCGGUAAGAACACGUUGGUGGUUCAAGGUGUCACUUACUGUGACACUUGCAAGUUCGGCUUCGAGACUGCUGAAUCCUCCUACACCGUCCCCGGUGCGACGGUGAAGCUUGUGUGCAGAGACAGGAAGACGAUGAAAGAGUUAUACACAAACGUAGCUACUUCAAACAGGCAUGGGAAGUACAUGUUCGUUGUCCACGAGGACCACAAGGACGAGAUGUGCGAUGUUAUGCUUGUCAAAAGCUCAGACAAGGGUUGCUCUAAAAUCUCCAAGGGGCGUGAACAGUCGCGUGUGAUCUUGAACCAUUACAACGGCAUUGCGUCGCAGAUUAGGCAUGCUAACAACAUGGGGUUCGAGAAAGAUGUUUCUGAUGUGUUUUGCUCUGAGCUCAUCAAGAAGUAUCAGGUUGAUGAGGAUGAGGUUUAAGAUCUUUGAUCAGUGUCAUUAUGAUCUGAUGUUUUCGAUUUGGUUUAAUGAGUUUGGUUAUGGAAGAAUUAUAUUUGUACUUCUUUAAUAUUUAUUUGUCUUAGAUGAUGAUCAUGUCUCCAGUGAUCGGAACUAUGUUUGUGUAAGCUUCUUUUAUUGAUAUAUGUUCCACACUUGCCUGCUUGGGAAGUGUCUUUAAUA